CUGAGCGGGGGCUGGAACGGGCUCCUGAGGGGCUGAACGGGCUCCUGAGGCGCUGGGAGCACCGAGGGCAGCAGGCGGCUCCCGAGGGGCCGGGGGGGUUGUGGGGGUUCCGCACACCCCCAUUCCCACCGCCGCCCCCCGUCUCUCCGCAGGCCGUGAGCGGCGCCGGGGGCUCGGAGCGGCCGGCGGAGCGGCAGCGCCUUGUCCCUCCGGCAAGUUCCUCUGCGGCCCAGCCGAGACCCGCCGAGCCUCCCCACCUCAGGGUCCGGGACCCCGCUCCCCCUCAUCGCUCCGUUCCCGCCGUUACAGCCACAUAAAAUCGUGCGGAGGGCACAGACCCUCCCUGAAGGGGCUGAGCCGCCUUCCCGGGGGCAUAGGGGCUGUUGCCUGGGGGAGAAGCUUGGAUUUUCGGCUGGUGUUUGAGGGUGACGCUGUGUUCGCUCUGUCCCCCUCAGAUGGCAGCUCUGGGGCAGGGAGGUGUCCUGCAGGAGCUGGUGCUCGGAGCGGGGCAGCCCCCAGACCCUGGGCUCAGCGAGGAGCAGCGCCAGGCCCGGCAGGAGUGGGAGGCUCUGGAAGAGAUCCAGUCAGGCUUGGGGGGCACCUCAGGGGCGGCCCCCCCCCCGAUUUCCUUCAGCGAGGCGCUGCAGCACUUCCAGAGCGCGGAGCUCCCCGCCAGCCGGGGCAAGGUGCGGGCCCCGGGGCGCCGCGGGAUGCUGGCUGCCCUGCUCCGCUGCCUCCGCGGGCCGCCCCGGCUGCGCCCGCAGCUCCGCGGGGAGCAGGAGCUGGCGCUGGCCAUGGCACAGUGUGCUCUGGAUGACUCAGAGUGGGUGCACAUGCGGAUCCUGCAGACCAUCUACCGGCAGCUGACGUGCUCCAGGCUGGGCUGCCCGCGCUACGGGGCACACUGGGAGGAGCUGGGCUUCCAGGGUGUGGAUCCCGGGACUGACCUGCGUGGGACGGGAAUGCUGGGGCUGAUGCAGAUCCUCUUCUUUGUCCUGGAUUCCCGGACGCUGCCGCUGGCACGGGAGAUUUUCCAGCUCUCCCAGCAUGAAACCCAGAACUUUCCCUUCUGCAUCAUGUCCGUGAACAUCACCCGGAUCGUCAUCCAGGCGCUGCAGGAGGAGCGGCUCUCCCGGGAGUGCAACCGGCGGCAGCAGGUGAUCGGGGUGCUGAACGACCUGUACGCCGCCGCCUUCCUGCGCCUCUCCCGCCUCUGGGAGCAGCAGCACGGCACCGUGGCUGACGCCGGCUUCUUCCUCAAGGAGCUGGAAUUAUCCACCAAAAAGAAGCCGAAGCAGCUGCUGAAAUCCCUGGAAGCCUACCUGAGCCGUGGCCUUCAGCCUCCCUCCCUUCCCUCCUCUCAGAUCCACUUCACCAACAUCUGUGACCCUGGGGUGGAGCUGGAGGGAGAUUCCUGACUGGUCUGACACGGAGUGGGACACUGCACAGGGAAUUCUGCUGGUGGAUCAGCCCUUGGAGGGAGACACACCAGUGUUCCUCCUGGUUUGGGGGAGCAGGAAGGGCUGGGAGAGGUCAUGGAGAUGGGAUUUUGCCUGCUUCAGGUGGAAUUUUCUGGAAGCAAAGGAGGAGGAGGAGGUAGAGCAGGGGAUUCCAUGAGCCAGCCAGCCUGGUGCUGGGAUAGUCACUCUCCCCACCGCAAAUCUGGGUCCUUACCCUCCCCAGGUGGAGCUGGAAGGUGGUGCUGGGUUCCUGGAUCCCAUCCCAGCCUCAGCAGCGCCUGGAAUGGGAAUCCCCCCACUUUGGGGGGCUGUGUCAGAGCCCCCAGGGUCACUGUGGGCUGUCAGCACCCAAAAAAGUUACUAAAGGAGGGAGAUGAGGGAAAGAGAGUUUUGGAUUUGCCACUGGACUCUGUAUCUGGGGGCAGGAAAGGUGAACUGGGGUGCCCUGAGUCCACUUUGGGGUGAAAAAGGAGCUGUGGAGAGCUCCAAGGAGGAGGGGAAGGGUUAUUCCCUCUGGGAGCAGCUCGGGGCCAGUGCUUGGGAAUGCCAGGACCCUAAAAAUGGGGAAAAGCAGCCCCCAAAGCCCAAAUCUGGAGAGAAAUUAGGGGUUUGGAGAAGUAGGAGCUGGGGGAAGAAUGGAAUGUUGUGGCCCCAGCCCCCUUGAGAGGGCGAUGAUUCCUGGGGGCUGGGAAUGCUCCUGGAUGGAAAAAAAAAUAAAUAAAUUGGAGAAAAAGGA